CUCGCAACUGAAUCCCGGUUACUGUCACUGCCACUCGACGGAAGCUGACGAGUCGCCGGGGCACUGCAAUUGUCACUGCAAUUGUCAAAUUUGGACUUAAAUCUUCCAAUUUGGCAGCUCAUCGAAGAUUUGGUGGAGAGGGGAAAUGGCGUCGUCUCUGUCGGUGCUGCGCGCCCCAGCUUCCUCGGGUUCCCUCCUUUCGCUUUCGUCUGGCUCCGCCCUGAGCAACUCAGGAAAGCUCCAGAGCAAUACGCACAUUCCUGCAAAACGAUUGUCCUCUAGCACUGCGGCGGCCCCCGUUGUGUCCAUGGCCAGUGACCAGACGAAACUCGAGGCGAUCACGUCUUCUCGAAGAGAAUUGACUGUGGGAGCCGUUGUUGGUGCUUUGAUUGCUGCCAACAACAGCUUCUCGGUCGAAGAUGCGUUAGCUGUAUCUACAAGCAAGAGAGCGUUAAGAUCAGAGCAGAUUCCGGCUUCUGAAUUCACAACUCUGCCCAGCGGCUUGAAGUAUUACGAUAUCAAGGUUGGAAGUGGAGCAACUGCGGUCAAGGGCGCGCGAGUUGCGAUUCAUUACGUCGCAAAGUGGAAGGGAAUCACUUUCAAGACCAGCAGACAAGGCUUGGGAGUGACCGGAGGAUCGCCCUAUGGAUUUGAUGUCGGUGCUUCAGAUUACGGAAUUGUGCUCAAGGGUCUUGAUCUUGGGGUUGAAGGCAUGAGAGUGGGCGGUCAGCGGAUGCUGAUUUUGCCCCCAGAACUCGCGUAUGGCGAUAAAGGUGUACAAGAAAUUCCACCAAACGCGACAAUCGAGUUCAAUGUGGAGCUUCUGAGUAUCAAGCAGUCUCCAUUCGGGUCUGCUGUGAAAGUUGUUGAGGGUUAAGGGCGACAGAAUUUAUCAACCCAUUGUAAUUUAUAACCUUAAGCAAUAUCUGGGGACGUACCUAUCCCUACUUAUUUU